GUUUAUUUAUUCGAAUUAUCUUGUCUCCUGACUCCUACAGUCCUUUCUCCAGCAGCGACGUUCGGUGCCAAUUUCGAAUCAAAAAUCGUUUUUGAAUAGCGAUUAACUCAAUUGAGGUCGGAAUUGAAUGCACACUCACAACUUUGACGAUCUCCGUAGUCGGACCACACACACUGCUUCAACGUCUAUAAACCGCAGUCUCCAAUAGGUUUUCCCCCAACUUCGAUUUUAUCUGGAAUUGGUUGUUUCGGGAUUUUGAUUAGUUGUUAUUGUGAUCAACCAUUCACAAUCUUUUUGUUAGCCAAAUCAAUUCACCCAAUUUUCUUUUAUGCGGGAGCUCAAUUUGUGUUUCUUUCCAUGUGGCCCGGCUUAAACCCUAGAAAAUUCCAGGUACGAAUUGAUUGCUCUGUGAAUUAGCGUUUUUGUUAGCUCAAUAGGAUCGGAGUGCCAGAACUAGGUUCUUGUUUAAUGUUAGGCCGAUGAAUCGUGAUCGGUAAAGUGGUUGUUUGGUCUAAAUCGAUCAAUUGGUUCGAUAAAGGUUAUUCAAUUUGAUGAUAGUGUGAUAUUAUGAACUGUUGUCUAAUAUGAGCCAUGGAGAGGGAAAAGAUAAGUUCUUGGGUGAAAAAGAUAAUCUGCAGUCAAUGAGGAAGAAAAAGAAGUUGGGAAAAGACGAAUUUACGCAAGCCAUUGCCAGGAAUGUGGUGGCGCAGGUUUGUGAAAGUUUAGGUUUUCAGAGCUUUCAGCAGUCUGCAUUGGAUAAUCUCACUGAUGUAGCGGUGAGAUAUAUUCAGGAAAUAGGAAAAACGGUGUCCUCUUAUGCGAAUUUAGCUAAUAGGUCGCAGUGUAAUGUCUUUGAUGUGAUUCAGGGUUUGGAGCAUCUGGGCUCAGUUCAGGGUUUUCCAGGUGCUUCUGAUUUUAGGCAUUGCCUUACACGAUCCGGUGUUGUGAAGGAUAUAAUUCGAUUUGUUAGUCAAGCAGAUGAAAUCCCAUUUGUAUAUCCGAUUCCUGCUUUUCCAGUUGUUAGAGAAAGGGUAUUGGACCUUAGUUUUGCUCAGGCACAGGAAACCCCCCCUGACGAACAUAUACCUAGAUGGUUGCCCAAGUUUCCUGAUCCUGUGACUUAUGCGGAGUUAAGUUCUGCAAAUGAGAAAGGCUCAGAAACCGAAGCUGUUAAGAUUCAGCAGGCUGAACAACAGAACAGGAGAGCUGAGAGAUCUUUGUUGAAUUUGCAGCAGAAGUUUAUGUGUAAUGGAUCUGAAGCAGGAGCAGUUGUUGAACAAGGGGAUGCUGCAAAGGCACAACGAGCAGCAGAAAACAAUCCAUUUCUUGCCACCCCUCUGCAAUCUUGGGAAAAGGAGGUAUCUUUGCCUAUUCUGCCAGCUAGGCUCAUCGAUGAGUCUUUGGGAUCUGGGUAUCAUCAAAGUCACGAAGUUAUGGAACACCAUGUUUCGAUUACGAAGCCAUCUUUGCAAGCCAGUGAAGCUGCAAGGAGUGGUCCUUGUGAACCUGAGGAAAGGAGAAAGAUUCUUUUAAAUGGGAGGGCCAGUGUACAAUUUAAGGUUGGGAAUGUUAAGAAAUCCUUAAGCAUGGUAACAAAACCUCAAAACAACGGCACUGAGAGAACUUCUUGGUUUGGUGAUGAUCAUUAUGAAGCAGACGAGAAGAACGAUAUUGCUGGGAAGAUCCGUUGGGGAAAUACGGAGUAUCCACCAGAAGUGUCUAAUGUGUAAAUUAGAAUGUUUAAUUGGAGACUGUAUAAUUCUUUUCGGAGCUAGCAUCAAUGCGUGCUUCGUAGUAGUCAUGGUCAAGAAGCUAGAUAUUCUCUACACAAGCAUUUUAGAGUUCUGAAUGGGAAGUUUCGCUGAGUUGUUGAUGGUUAGUUGUCAGUUAUUUUGCAUGAACCCAUGUCACUGAAAUUUUUUUCAUAAUUGAAAUUAAAAUCAUUAGUUUUCGGA